CGCUGGAGCACCUCCUACUUCUGUGCAUCCAUUUGUUCAAGACGUACGAGCUUGUUAAGUUCUACCUUUAUUUGUUGUAGAAUAAGUAACAGAGAAAUGGAACCGCAGGAAGGAAGGAAAGGAAUACCAUCUCUGCUGUCCUCACAGGGGGAGUGCAUCGCCACCAACAUCACGCAGCUCAUUGGUUGGACACCACUGAUAGAACUGAGAAACAUCGCUGAGAAAGAUGGCAUAGGUGCUCGGCUGAUUGGGAAGAUUGAGCCAUACCAACCCCUUUCCUCUGUGAAGGACCGGAGUGCUCUCAGAUUGAUUGAAGAUGCAGAGGAGAAAGGCUUGAUCACACCUGGCAUCACAACGCUGCUGGGGGUCACGAGUGGUAAUCUCGGCAUCGGCGUGGCGUUCAUUGCUGCUCAGAAAGGAUACAAGUUCAUCGCCCUCAUGCCUGCUAAACUCUCGCUUGAUAAGCAGAUACUGAUGCGAUACCUUGGCGUAGAAGUGGUAUUAGUUGGUAAGGACCUGAGGUACCAUGACCCUCAUAUCACGUGCCAGAUGGUAACAUGCUUGUCUCCUGCAGAUGCUGUACAGCAUGGAUUCAAAGCUUUACUUGAUAGGGUAGAACAGAUGAAGAAGGAUGUGGAAGAUGUGUAUGUUCUAGAUCAAUUCACCAAUCCUGCAAAUCCCGAUGCCCACUUCAGAUGGACAGAUGGCGAGCCAGCCUUCCACAACAUCCUAGGAAUAGGGCCAGGUUUUGUCCCAGAAAUACUGGAUAGAUCCCAGAUAGAUGAAAUUGUAACAGUAACUACUCAAGAAGCUAUGGACAUGGCUAGAAGGUUGGCAAGGGAAGAAGGGUUGCUUGUUGGCAUAUCUUCAGGCGCAAAUGCAGCCGCCUGCUUAAAGGUUGCAUCAAGAGAGGAGAACAGGGGAAAGAUGAUUGUGACAAUGUUUUCCAGUGGUGCAGAGAGGUAUCUGAAUUCAGAGCUCUUUGCGCAGGUGAAGGAAGAGUGCGUCAACAUCAACAUGACCUUCUGAUGUUCAGCUCGAGGCAAUGACAGCUUAGGGAUGAUCCAGAAGUGUAGUCUUAUCAUAAUACCAGAUACUGUUUAAUAAUUAAGAGAUGAAACAAAACACACUAGUGUCAU